AUGUCUACCAACCGAGGAGUAAUCCACACUUUUGUGGAGUUAAUCCGCAAAACUAUAAACAGGGAUCCUCUUGCCUUGGUGAAUUCCGGACUUAUCGUGGUCGGUCUGAUCACUUCCCUCCGCUCUGCUGGGCAUGUACUAUACAGCUAUGCAGAAAACAUAUGCCUGUCAACAGUACACGUAAGAGCAGAGGAUCCCCUCUACAAUGAUAUAGUUCGCUGGAUGAACGAUCAUGCGUUCCGAGAUCGCAACUUUCUCUCCGUUCUAGCUCAAACAACCAACAAUGCCGACUCAGAGAAAGCUCUUAUGCGCUCACCCCAGCCGCUGGAUUCCGACAAGUUAAUUAGCUACCGACAGGUAGAGGACAACUCAUUCUUAGAAUUGAGGCCAUUCCACGGAUCCCGGCUCUUCCGCUUCAAACGGACUUGGAUGCUUUUCAGCCAUGCAGCGAGUAGUCCGGAUAGUAUCCGGCCUCCGCAAUUGGAUAUGAAUACACCCCUUAAGCUGCAGUGUAUCAGCCUGUCCCUUUCUCCAAUCAAGAAGUUCCUGGACGAAGUUCGUGCAUACAGUCGUAAAGUUUCGGUGUCUAGCAUCACUGUUUACCGCACGACGUCCUACUCCCAAGACAUCGUCCGCUGGAACUCGGUUGCUUCGCGGCCUUCCAGAGAUAUCUCCACUGUGAUUCUGGAUAAGCACAAGAAACAAGCUCUCUUGCGUGAUAUCAACGAGUACCUCCAUCCGCAUACAAGACAAUGGUACGCCAACCACGGCAUCCCGUAUCGGCGUGGAUAUCUAUUUUCCGGGCCUCCGGGAACAGGCAAGACGAGCCUUGCUUCUGCGAUUGCAGGCGUCUUCGGCCUAGAUAUAUAUGUCUUGAGCUUGCUAGAUCCAACCAUGACAGAAUCCCAUUUCACCCGGCUAUUCUCCGAGGUGCCGACGCGGUGCGUGGUGCUUUUAGAGGAUGUCGAUGCUGCUGGGUUGAACAGGAGUGACUCAGGGCCUUGCCAGGAUUAUGUUUCAGGGCCAGUGAGCAAGGCACAAAACACGUCUGUAUCUCUAUCUGGGUUGCUCAAUGCCAUUGACGGGGUUUCGUCCCACGAGGGCCGCAUAUUGAUAAUGACUACCAAUGCGCCGCAGCAAUUGGACCGCGCGCUGAUUCGACCUGGCCGUGUGGAUAUUCAUGUUCGAUUUGACCUUCCGUCUCGGGAGGAGCUGCGAGACCUCUUCUUGAGUUUAUAUAGCGACAUGUAUCAAAACCCUGAAUUUUCGUCGGGAGAAAAAAACAGGGAAAUGGCAAGGAUGAUCGAGAUGGCGGUGCGCUUUGCGGGGUGUCUACCAGAGAGGCAGUUCAGUCUGGCAGAAGUCCAAGGAUUCCUUCUGCAGUAUAAACGUCGGCCGGAGGGGGCGUGUGAUAAUAUCAGAGGUUGGGUCCAGGAAAUGGAGUAUGGAGAAAUGCAUGAAGGGGCUGCAGUUGGAACGAUAUGA